GGGUGAGCCUCAGCGGGAACCAGGGCUCGGUCUUCCUCAAGGAGCGUCCCAAGCCCUUCGUGAGUUGUCUGAUGGAUCUGCCCCUGGAGAAGAACUUCCAGACUACCGGGGAGGCACCGACCAGAUCUCUGAAGACCGACGAAGUCCUGGAGAUCCUGGAGGGUCCACGACAGGACGUUCGGGAUGCUGUCAGCCGGGCACGCGUGAAGACCUUGAAGGACUCCUUGACGGGCUGGGUGACCUUGAGCAGUGGUGGACAAGUCCAAGCACAAGCCGGACAACAGAGGUUUUGGGAAUGCAUGACGGGCGUAGCCAUCACCGAUGGACCCAACAUCAAGGUCUGCAAGGUCCUCAGAAAGCUGGAGGUGGGCGAAGUGGUGCGGCUUUUGGAAGGUCCUGAAAUCGACAAGGACACGGGCGUGACCCGACUGAAGGCGCUUUGCAUCCAGGAUAACCUGGAGGGCUGGGUCACCACUCUUGGCAACGCUGGCACCGUGUACGCGGAGGAGAAGACUGACAUCUACAGCGUCGUGUGCGAGGCUCUACCACUGCAAAAGGCGUUCAUCGACCUGAGUACUGGCACCCUGCGGAUGCUUCAGAAGGACGAAGCCUUUGAGGUUCUUGAAGGCCCCAAGGAAUUCCAACCGGAGCCUGCCGAGCGGAUGAAGGGCCGUGCCGUGGCGGACGGCCAAGUGGGUUGGGUGACGGUCACCAACAAAAGGGUAAAGAGAUGGUACCCUAGCUACAUCUGCAAGCAAAGCUGUGUGAUGCAAGACACGCUGAACACCGUCUCCGCUGGGCCCUCGAACACCGUGCGACGGGUGGAGGAAGGUGAGCUCCUGGAGGUGCUCGAUGGUCCUCAGGAGGACAAAGCAGCGAGUUUGCUGAGAAUAAAAGCGAAAGCUCGCAAGGAUCAAGCAGUAGGCUGGAUCACAUUGAAAGGAAACCAAGGAACAGUAUUCCUCACACAGUGGAGCAGGAAAGAUGAAGAACAAUUGAAGCAGAAACAACGAUCACUUCAAGAAGGACUCGGCAAGGACGCGUGAGGGGGAGUUGUCACAUGGCCACAUGGAGAUCAAGGGAUGAACAUGGUUUCCCGGUCCAAAAACUCGCAAAAACUACCUUAAACCCCAAGCGUUGAACAGUCGUUUCCGGGUGCCUGUGGCGCCUGUGGCUCUCCGUCUCCCGCAGUUUGGGGCAAAAAACCGUCCUUCAGCCGUGAGCUUUGAGGGGCGUUGCCGUUCAGCGGGGCGGUCAGAUGGGAAUGGCCGCUGUCGUUCACGCGGAUCUUCAUGAAGUUGUGACGUGGGUGCGGAUAGGUCGG